GUAAUGUACUUUAAUCAGGAUCAGACAGGAUUUGUAAUUUAUUGAAAGUGUAGAAUAGUCGAUAAUGAACGGAAGUCGAUGCCCACCACGGGCAUGUAAGAAACCACCGACUUUAGCCCAACAAAAUGCGGCAAUCGAAAGACUAAUCAAAACCGUUUGCAGGGAAUGCAGAAAACUUAAAAAUAGACUUGUGGGCGAGUGUAGAAACGAUGAAAAAAAUCCACUAGAGUCUAUUAGAGAAAAAAUCCAUCAAAUUAAUGUGGAGGUUCUCAUCAAGUUGAAGUGUCUGCUGGAUGGAUUAAGCCUAGAAUGGCAUAAUCUGGAGCAGACGAUAUGCGCCUUGCAAUACGCAUUGCUCAAUCCGCGCCACAACCUCCCCUGCAUGAUGUGCAUCGGCGAGAGCGGCGAGCAACAUCGCAAGCUCUCACUGCCCUGUGGACACGUGUGCUGCGAGCCGUUCAUUAUCGAUCGUUUCAGCAAUUGUAAAAAGUGUCCAAUAUGCGAAAAGAACAUCAAAAUCGACCAAUUGUGGCGUGUCUACUGUGAUCCUGAAUGACAAGGAAUUGCAGCCAAUUGAAAGUAUGACAAAUACUGAAUCUGAAAUUAACAGAUAAUUUAAUAAAUAAGGAAAAUACUGUAAUAAAAAUGGAUUUA